AUGACUCUACGUCGUUUAAAUCUUCCUGUGACUCCAGUAAAAGUCUCGAUCAGUUCCUUAGGAAACAAAUCAGUUGAAGCAGCACACGGUCGUGUUGUCCUUGAACUUAUCCCUUUAAAUUGUUCACUACCUAUUAAAUUAAAUGCUCUAGUUCUACGAAAAUUCGGUAUAAUCGCUCCGACGCGAAAGGUUCCUCUACAGACAUGGCCUCACAUUCAGAACCUCAACUUAGCUGAUCCUGCCUUUACCGAACCUCGUCCCAUUGAUAUAAUCUUAGGCGCGGAUGUUUACGGAACUUUACUCCUCGAUGGAAUUCGUAAAGGUCAUCAAAGUGCACCAGUCGCACUUCGGACUGUGUUCGGGUGGGUUGUCACCGGUUCAGCAGAGGUUCCAAAUAAAUUUACCCAAUCAAACACAAUACUGACCCUGAACACUCACCACGAUGACAAUUUAAAUGAACUACUAAAACGCUUCUGGGAACAAGAAGAUAUAAGCGGCCCUCCGAUAAAAUCCAUUGAGGAUCAAGAAUGUGAGCGAUUAUUUAUUGACGGUUGUCAACGUCACAUUUCAGGUCGUUACAGCGUUCGACUUCCUAUACGGCCGAACGCACUAUCAACACUCGGAGAAUCACUACCGAGAGCCAGACAAAUGCUCAAUGCUUUGCAUAAUAAAUGGAAAAACGAUAAUGUAUUAAAGGCUUGUAUACUCUCGCUUCAUGUCUGA